AUGCACAGCUUUCUCUUUUUCCUUUUCUUGAUCAAGUAAUUUGAAACAAAUGUUGGGAUUGUGACGUUUGUGUAUUCACAUGGUUUAGUACUAUGUUGUCUUUUGCUUUGUUAGUAUAUUUGAAGAUCUCAUACACGGGGUUUUGUGUUUUUGUUGUUUUAUAUAUGUUGCAGCAUGUCCUCUCCCUAAUAGCAUAGUACUCUACUCUCCAGGGGAGGAACUUUGAUAUAUAUCUUAUAGAUGAGAAGUGACCAUCUUAAUUAGAGGCUCUUUAAUUUGGCUGCCUGAAAAGGAUGCCAGUUCAGAAAUGGUUUGCACUGAGAAUGAAUUAUUGGGUUGGAAUGAUUUCCCAAAAGGACUUAAAGUUCUUCUUCUUGAUAAAGACUGCAAUUCUGCCUCUGAGAUGAGAUCAAGGCUUGAGCAAAUGAACUAUAUUGUUUACGUGUUCUGCGAUGAGACUGAAGCUUUGUCUGCAAUCUCAAGCAAGUUGGAAGUAUUCCAUCUAGCCAUUGUAGAGGUAACUGCUGGCAACAACGAUGGAGGUCUCAAAUUUCUCGAAAGUGCUAAAGAUCUGCCGACUAUAAUGGUGUCAAGUAUUCACUCUAUUAGCACCAUGAUGAAGUGCAUAGCGCUUGGUGCAGUUGAGUUCCUUCAGAAACCACUAUCAGAUGAUAAACUAAGAAAUAUAUGGCAGCAUGUAGUUCACAAGGCAUUUAAUUCUGGAGGAAAGGAUAUCUCUGAGUCGCUUAAGCCGGUUAAAGAAUCUCUUUUGUCCAUGCUAGAGCUCCAACCAGUAAAGAGUGAAGCAGAUAAUGAAAAUUCUAAUGGAGCUGAGCCUUUCACUUCAAUGGUGGAAAACCAAAAAGAACCACCAUCCUGCUGUGACAAAUAUCCAGCUCCUUCAACUCCGCAACAGAAACAAGGAGUAAGGUCAGUGGACGAUGGUGAUUUCCAAGAUCAUACUAUCUUGUCAACUGAACAAGAUAGUGAGGUGAAUGAAGGGGACACAAAAUCUGUCGAAACUACUUGUUGCGAUUCUGUUGCUGAGACUACUGCCCUGGUGGAUUCUCCAGGGCGACUAGGAGAGGCUAUCACAAAAGAGGAGCAUGAUUCUGCUGCUGAUCAGAAGAUGGAGGAUCACAUUGCUACUUGUUCACCAAGUAAUGACUGCCCGGGCAAUGGCAGUACUCGUUCUGCUGACCCUAGUAAAGCAUCUGGUCUCCAUAAUUCAAGAGGGACAAAAGCUAAUAAGAAAAAGAUGAAGGUAGACUGGACACCUGAACUACACAAGAAAUUUGUUAAAGCAGUAGAGCAACUCGGUAUAGAUCAAGCCAUUCCUUCUCGAAUACUAGAGCUGAUGAAAGUAGAAGGUUUGACGAGACAUAAUGUAGCUAGCCAUCUCCAGAAAUUUAGGAUGCAACGGAGGCAAAUUUUGCCAAAGGAAGAUGAGAAAAGAUGGCCUCGUCCUCAACCUAGAGAUUCAGUACAGAGGAGCUACUAUCCACAUAAACCUAUCAUGGCCUUCCCAACAUAUCAAUCAAAUCAUGCACCCGCCACUGGUCAAUUCUAUCCCCCCUGGGUAGCACCAGGUAGCUACCCAAAUGGUGCACAUAUGUGGGGUUCGCCUUACUAUCCUGGAUGGCAACCGUCCCAGACUUGGCACUGGAAGCCUCAUCCAGGGCUAUAUGCUGAUGUAUGGGGUUGCCCUGUUACGCCUCCAUCUUUCGGAUCAUGUCCAUUGUAUUUUCAGAAUGCAACUGGAUUACACAGGGUUGAGGGAAUACAGAAUAGAUAUAGCACACUAGGGAAAUCAGUUGAUCUUCACCCGGCAGAGGAAGUGAUUGAUAAGGUAGUGAAGGAGGCAAUAAACAAGCCAUGGUUGCCUCUGCCCAUAGGCCUAAAACCUCCUUCCACGGAGAGUGUUCUCGACGCGCUCUCCAAACAAGGCAUCUCCACUGUCCCUCCACGCAUCAACGGUUCUCUCCGCCCCCGCUGAAACGGCUAUUGCCACGCUGGGUCAGAUACGCAGAGGCACGAGCAAGGGUCGUAAUUACACGCUCUAAUCAGACAAAGCACGUGGCGCUGACUAGACCUGACAGAAAGAUCCUUUCGCUGAUCCGAUAAAGGUCUUGAUCGUGUGCUGUUUCCUUUUUGUUGUGCGGCAUAGAAUGGGCCACGUUUAUGGCUUUGAUUAAGCCGGAGAAAUGUUAGAAAUUCUUGUAAAUAGUAGAUCCCAAAAAGUAGCGUCACCUUUGUAGCCAAAUUCGGGAUAUUUGGGCUGUUGAGUGGGCCAUGUUGAUUGCCUUUGGAAUAAUGAAUUGGGUUAAUGGCGUUGUGGGGCUAUAUUCGGGGAGUACAACUUUUCAAUAAUCUUUUUUAAUAAUGAAAUUAAAAAAAAAAAACAUCAAAUACGAAUUUGGACAA